ACUCUUUAAGUGGAACAUAUUCAAUAUUUGUUUUAUUAUAUUGUUCCUUUAUUUUUAUGGAAUGUUUGUAAUUUGGCAAGGAUGUUUAUUUCAAAUCCUAUUUAUGUAGUUAUUCACUUGUCGCUAUGUAAAAAUACAAAAGUCUGAGUUGUGGCUUCCAUAACUUUAAUAAUGAUAUUUUUUUAUGUUUACAACACAUUGAUUCAAUUUGAACACGUCCAAAAAGGCACUGAAGAUGGAGUACUUUACUCAGAUUGGAUGUUGAAGGACAUCUCAUGGAUGGAAUCUCUCUGACAUUGCCGGUUGUGGAGACCUGCUUGUCCAGUUAUGUUAUCAAUCUGAUCACACAGUUAGCUGUCACUGAAGAAUGCGAUGAUAAUGCACUGAUUGAAGGAUUUCUAGACUUCAAGUAUAUCUGUAGUAUGCUUUCAGGUAACGCAGAGGAUGAGCCAAGUGUAUACUUUCCAGCCUGUGUGACCAGUUUAGCUCCAAUUCUUACAUCAGUAGAAAAUCUUGUGGGAAAUAUUGGCCUGCAGAACUUCCUUGAUACUUACCUUCCAUAUGUAUCCUGGACUGGAAAACAACAGGUACUGGCGGAAAUAUGGCGCGACAUGUUUACUCACAACCCUGUGGAUGAAGUCACUGCCCUGCUGGUCUCCUCAGCUGUUCUUGAGAGAGCUCUCGGGGAUGUGUAUAUGUUGAAAGGGCCAGCCCCGUGUCCGUCCAUGCUGAAAGAUCUGCUUGUAACAGAGCAGCUUAAGGAAAUUCUUGGAGAACACGUGAUGUGCAUACUCCGGCUGGUAAUGGGUCCUCCAACCUCUCUUAACCUCCGAAAUGUUGCAUGGCAUGGUUUUCCCUUUCCGGGAGAAAUACCAGCAAGGUGUAUUUGGUUCCUGAUACUACUGGUACCCAGCAUAGGUCGAGUGUUGGAAGAGAGGCUGGUCCCAGUGCUUAUGUUACACCGGGAACCUAUGGUCUGUCCUCGCACCAAACUUAUUACAGAGGUUGAUAUUUUGUCUAGCAAGGACCUCAUUGAGGCUGUAAAAGACACCAAAUUUUCAUCCUGGGACACAAGAAUGUUUUGGACAAAUAUCACCAGUUUAUAUACGCAAGAAAGGUAUGGUGAAUGUACCGCUCUUCUACUCUACUACCUAGAGCAAGGUCUACGGCUUGUGUUUGCUACUGCCAACAACUGCGAGAACAGAAUUUUGACUGCUGAGGCAACGACAUUAUACACUACAUUUGAUGAGAUGUUAGAUCCUUUUCUCCCUGAUGGGUCUGAAAACCGACUGAGGAUGGUUAUAGGAGAAGAGAUAUUGGAAAUAAUCCUUGACCACCUGACCUACCCGGGCGGCCCUAGGGUGAGGGACCGUUUGAGUCACGGUGAAGCAUGCUGGGAAAGGUUUCCAUGGCAACUCACACGUAACCUGGCAACUAUCUGUGUGGCACUGUCAGCCAUGUUUGUAAAGGAUGGGAAACAUAUUCAUAACAAAGGUGUAACCAUACUUCAUGAGGAUAUUAAGUCAUACAGUGUCCAGUUUCAUAGAAUAAGCCUGUUAAAGAAGGAGAUAUCUACCUUCUUUAAGAAAGCAUCUGAGACAGAUUCCAUGAUUUUACUGCAGCCUGACCUUAGUGAAAGAAAGCCAGACGAUCCUUUCCAGUCUACAGAUGAAGUAUCUUCACUUGAAGCAAAGCUAAAGGACAUCGUUGCUGUUUUUGAUGGACAUUGGGCAUAUCUGGGCUCAAAAUGUUUUCAAUAUUGUGACCUCCAUCAUUUGAAAUCAACAGUUGAUGAAAUUUUGCAACAAAAGAUACAUACCCUGUACAGAAACUCGAAGGGUUCCAACUGUGAUAUUGAAAAUGAGGUGCUAACACUGCUGGACCAUAUAGUAGAUGAGUGUUUGCAAGUCAUCACUCAGAUGCAACAGUUUGCAACAAACAGGCAACAGCAGAUGACGCUAAAACAGCUCAGGUCACGGCAGAGAGAGAACUUCAAGAAGUUCCUAGCAAGUGUACCAUCAUUGCUGGUGGGGCCAUGUACAUGUGUAUACAUGUGUUGUUGGCAACUAUAUCAACUUGAUGGAAUAAAGGCGAGGGAAGGACCUCAAUUAAACAGCAAAUUAAUCAAAUUCUGGAAGUCUGUGCUGAAGUUAUGUGAGAAUUUACGAACACUUACGCACCAUGAUAAGAACAAAUGGACAGAAGGGGAGGAGUUAGUUUCACACUUGACACCUUUUGUAGAAUCUAAUUUUAAAACCUUUCAUUGAUUGAUAUGUUUGUGCAUUAUGCAAAUAUGUGUCUUAAAAUUACUGGUAAAGCUAUGUUAAAACAUCUUUAGAAUGAUUUUCAUAGCAUGGUUAAUGGCACAAGUCGUUAUUAAGGACUAUUUCACCGAGAGUAACAUAUACACCCAUGAUGCUACCGUUUCUCUUACACCAGGAGGGUUUGUUGUUAAAAGGACUAUAUCAAUGACCUUAUUUCGGCCUACGGGACCUUAUAACGGAUAUUGAUAACUCUUAGUAACGAUACCCACUCACCAAUAAUAAAUCAAAACACUUUUUUUUUCCGAAAACAGAAUCAUUUUUGUAGCUUGCGCAAUUGCAUAUAAUGUACAGUUUACUGCAUUGUUUAGCUCUAAUUAGUAGGUACAACAACAUUAAUACAUCAUAAUUCUUUUGCUCUAUAAAGUUUUAGUAAUUCUAUUUUCAGCCCAGCCGGAACAAUUUUUUCAGUCGGCCGAAUGUUUCCCAGUAUUAAGAACUCCUCGGCCAUUUUUAUCGACAACAACCUCGGCUGUAUGCCAGUACAUCAGUAGAAGUAGUUCGUAUUUAUUUUAAUUAUUUCAUGAAUUUAAUGUAGUGUUAUAGCUUGUUUAAUUGCCAGUGAAGUGUAUUAUUGCAAACAUGAUUUAGAUUCCCGAGAGUUAAGUCAUUAAAAGUUUAUCUGCUGAAUUAAAUUACUACGCGAUCUACUUGCAGCGGACUUAAACAUACCGAUUUCUAAGAAUGUACACCGUCCAUAUACAUCAGAGGUUGUUUUCACUAAAA